GCGUCCGUUAGACCCUAUGCUUUCUACUCAGUACAUCCAGAAUUCUCUAGCGAUUGACUCGAAUGAGAUGAGAGAAAUCCAAGACUGUGCAGCUCGUAACAAGAUCACCGUGUCUUUGGGCUUCUCCGAGAACGACAAUAACUCUUGUUACAUCGCUCAAGCACUGAUCGACUCUGAUGGCAAGAUGCUGAUGCAUCGUCGUAAGCUCAAGGCCACUCACAUGGAGCGAACAAUCUUUGGCGACGCGUCAGGAGACAGUCUGCUGAACGUCGCAAUGACGAGUACAGGCAGGCGAGUGGGCACCCUGGCUUGCUGGGAGCAUGCACAGCCGCUGUUGAAGUACAACACAAUUUCCCUGAAGGAGGAGAUUCAUUGUGCUGCUUGGCCGCCAAUUGUGCCUCACCAAGGAGGUCCAGAUCUUUGGUCACUGUCCAAAGAAGGUAAGGUCUACACGACCGCGCAUCGCUUCAAUCUGCUGAUAUCAAGAACAGGUUGCCAGAGUCUAUCGCAGGUCUAUGCCAUUGAGUCUCAAACUUUUGUUCUCCACGCCACGACGGUGAUCACAGAGAAGGGUAUCAAGGCCAUGUCGACCGAAGCCGGCCUCUUGAUGAACAGCCCUGGAGGAGGAGCUUCCGCCAUCUUUGGUCCGGACGGCAGACUGCUGUCUGCACCCUUAGACUCUGCGGCAGAGGGCCUGAUAUAUGCUGAUCUUGAUUUCACUGCAGCCAUCUUCGCGAAGACCUUCUUGGAUAUCUGCGGCCAUUACAGUCGUCCGGAUCUGCUCUGGCUUGGUUGCGAUAGCAGGAAGAAGCUUCCACGAGUCGUUGAUUCUGCCAACUGAGUCGAUAAGGGGUUCGGGACGGUGUUGGAGCUAAGGCAAGCUCUGGUGCGGCGUGCAGGAGAAGAUCCAAUUGAGCGGCCCUGGCUUUCUGGACUAGGUCGAGACAGCUGUGGCUGGUGAUGCGGUGCCUGACUCCUUUCAACUCAAAGCCCAGGCCUAAGUGUCUCUCUCAGUGGACGAUCGAGGGGAGUGCUGCUAUAUAGACGCGGUGAAGCGUGUACCCGUUGGGCCUUGAGUCUGUGGCAGGCCGCGCGUGAUGUGGGGAGUUGAGCGCGUCGGUUGUAGUGUAAUGUUCGCCGAGGGCCUGACGAGACAGUGCGGGCAUGAUCGUACACUAUACAUAUGUUAGCAUCUAAUAGAGGCAGUAUCGACGAAACAGCCUACUGCCUGUUCAACGAUUCAGGAAGAAAGAGGAAGUCCC